CGGUAGAAUGUGCAUAUAAGAAUGUUGAUGCGACGCUUAUAUGUACAAAACCACCAUACUUUCAACGAAAUGGCUCCUGUUUCAACAUUAGGGUUUGUGAUCAUCACAGCCAUCUUGUGUAGAGCUACCACUGCGCGUCUUGUCAGGGGAGAUAAUGAGGCGAUAGAGACGGACGCUUACGAAGAAGAUGAAGAACGCUGUGUUACAACACUCGGGGCUUGUCUGAGGUCGAAAUUGGAUAAAGGUUCUUUAACAACUGUCACAAAACCUGAUGGGAAUUUGUAUUUCCCGGUCAACUACUUCACAAGGCUAUGUGGAUAUUUCACUAUCCUAAGUGAUUGUUAUGGAAAAGUAACAUCUACAGCAUGCGAGUCAGUUUUUUCGACGGAAGAAGUCAAGAACUCAGAAAAGAUGUCCAUUAACUUGUGCAGAAAUGCAGACGCCCUGGACACCCUUGUUCCCUGCGUGAAUGAUAAAGGAAUCUUUAGAGCAUACCAACGCGAAGUCCAAUAUAUGGUUGGUAAAAAAGAAGAUCCUUGCAAUUUGGCCGAGGAGAAAAUACGACGAGCUUUGCGACUCUUCAAAGACGUAUGUGGUGAAGCGGAGUAUAUCACUCUGAAAACAGUCCUGGAAAACGUUGGGGAGGACCUGUUAGUCCUAUUUCCAGACACCAAGGAUCAAAGUUGCAAUAUUAUCAUCAAUGACCUUACCCCUGACAGACGCAGGAGGGGCGUGGCCAGUUCGACAAUGAAGAGAAUAGUGGAUGUUUAGAUUUUGUAAUAAAAUCUUUUAAUCUCA